AUGUUACGCAGAAUAUCAGCCCUUGGUCGGGGCCUGCCCAAGCCGGUCCGGUCCACCCCUUCACAAGCCCGAACCCCCUCCCCUAUCGCUCGGCUCGUCGCUGGGUACCAUACCCUUCCACGCGACAGGCCACCACUGUCACCUCGCAUCACCGGUAGACUGGAUCUGCAACCACUGCCCCGCUUGUUCCACUCGUCCGCUAUCAGGCGGGCGGACGAGCCUUUCAAGCUGGCGGAUAUUGGCGAGGGCAUCACCGAGGUGGAGAUCAUAAGCUGGAGUGUCAAGGAAGGAGACAUGGUAGAAGAGUUUGAUACACUGUGUGAGGUGCAGAGUGACAAGAGCACCGUCGAGCUCACCGCUCCCUUUACCGGCAAGAUCCACCAUAUCGCGUUCAACUCGGGCGAGAUGGUCAAGGUCGGACAGGUCUUGUGUCGUAUCAUGACCGAAGGCGGAGCCUCGGAGGACGUACCGGCCGAAGUGGAGCAGUCUCCAGAACCCGCCGAGACCAGCGAGGUAGCGUCCUCCUCACCGUCACCGCUUACAGAAUCGGUGAACGAGCCGUCUUCCGACCAUAUCUCCCCAUCUUCUCCCUCUAUUCCCGAACGGCAAAUCGUCCAUCCUCAACAGCACCCAUCAUCCGCGAGCAGCGAUAUGGACCGCGCCCUUCUCGCUUCUCUCCAGGCAGCCGCAGAAGCCACCGCCGCCGCCGAGGCAGCCACUGAAGCCGCUGGGCUGUUGCAGCACCGAGACGAGGGCAUGGAAGCUGCAGGUGGCGGGGGCUUCUCGGGCGAGGCGGGCGUGGUGCGCGGACACGAGCCAAAGCCGGUAGAGAUCAGCACGGCGCCCGUGCCUGCUCGCAGAGAAAGGGUCGCGAGGGAAGGGCAGAGGGAGAUUGUCAAGACGAGUCCGGCUGUACGGACACUAGCAGCGAGACUGGGAGUCAGGCUGGAGGACGUCAAGCCGACUGGAGAGGGAGGGAGGGUGACGCAGGUGGAUGUGCAAGCGGCGGCGGAGAGGCACGCGCCAGUGGCGAGCAGCUCGCGGGCAGCCUCGUUGCCGACCUCGCCUGCUCCGUUGGGAUAUCCCGCUGUGAGGAGCAAGAUGCCAGAGGUGACCAAGGUGGACUUUGGACGGACGAGGAAGGUCAUGUAUCGCGCGAUGGGUGAUAUGGCCAGUGUACCUCAUUUCGGAUACUCGCAUACCCUCAACCUCACUCCGCUACUACCCUAUCUCCGCGCUCUGAAUGCCCCUGCAUCGCCUUCAUCAACCAACUACCUCGCCUCGGACAUUCCCGCCGAGCACGCCCGGAAUCCCAUCCCCAUUUCGCCCAAGCAAAAGACCACCCUUCUCAGCUUCCUCGUCAAGGGGCUGCUGCUGGCGAUGGAGGAACACCCGAUCAUGCGUGCUCGAGCGAAGGAGGACGGAAAUCGGAGAACACUUGAAAUUGCGCGGGACGGCGUCAUUGGCGUAGCAGUAUCAGAUCCCAAAUACGGCCUCGUCACACCUUCACUCCCCUCCAUGCCCCCCUCUGCUCCCCUCUCAGCACUCACAUCCGCCCUCACCGCCCUCCGCCAGAAUCCGACCAAACCCUCCUCACCAGCGAACCUCACCAUCUCAUCAGUAGGCGGACUGGGCGAAGGGAGGGGGAUGAUGCCCGUCCUUCCGCCCGGAGGAGGGGUGGCCAUCUGUGCAGUCGGUCGGGCGAAGUGGGAGAUGGAAUGGAAGAAUGGGUCAGGGAAGGGGAUUAUGGAUAUGAUGCCGGAGGAGGUGGAGAGUGGGGGUAUGAAGGCGGUUUUGAGGGUACCGGUCGGAUGGAGUGGGGAUCAUCGUGUCCUGGAAGGAGCGGAGCUGAUUGCCUUUACCGAGACUUGGAAGAAGUACAUCGAAGAACCCUGGCGAUGGCUCAAUAUCGACUGA